UCCCACGCCCCCCUGCUCAAAGAGGUGUCCUCUGACAGAGAUGUCAACAACCAAUACUAUACUCUGGUGCAUCUUCUGUAUUUACAAGACAUCAACCGUCUACUCACACCAGCAACUGAGAGUGAGGUAAAAUCAAGGAUUUCAUCUCUUAACCUUUCCCACGUCGGCUUGGUGAACAAGAACUGGAAGUUUGGAGGGAACGCACAGGGAUACAGGAACAUUACAAACCUCAUCAGUAACUUCCCAUCAUGCUGCAUCACUGACGGCCAGGGUCAGCCGGUGUCCUGGAUUCUGGUGUACGAUUACUUUGCUAUGGGCUUAUUGUACACUCUGCCAGAGCACAGAGGAAAAGGCUACGCUAAAGUCCUGAUCAGCACCAUGGCCAAGAGACUCCACGCUGAGGGCUACCCAGUGUACUGCUUUAUAGAAGAGAACAACGAAGUCUCCUAUAAGCUCUUUAAAAGCCUGGGCUUCACUGAGGACCCCUCAUACAGGGCAAUGUGGAUGGAGUUCAACUUUUGAUUUUGCAACCCUUGUGAUAAAACGUAUACCUGCCAUAGUGAUAAAUAAAUCUGGAAUGUAAUAAUGAUAGUGAAGGAGGCAUUAACUGAUGCAAAAUUAAACACUAAUAAUGUCACCUUUUUCAUAGUAGGCGCAGAUAAGAUAGCCAGUAAUUUAAUUAAAUAUU